GGCACAGCUCAAUGUUUACUGUUGCCAGGCGAUACACGCCAUUAUUUCAAUAACGUUUCACGAGUCUCAGCCACUGAAACGUAAAAAUGGGGGUAGAUUAUUACAACAUCCUCGAUAUAUCUAGGAGUGCAACCGAUGCUGAAAUCAAGAAACAAUACAGAAAGCUAUCACUACGUUUCCAUCCAGAUAAAAAUCCCGGAGAUCAAGUAGCAUAUGACAAAUACAAGCAGGUGGCAGAGGCUUAUGAUGUAUUGUGUGACCCUCCAAAGCGUGCAGUGUAUGAUCAAUUUGGAGAAGAAGGUUUAAAGAAUGGCGUGCCCGAGGGGAGUGGAGAAACUGGUGCAUGGACUCAAGGAUACACAUUCCAUGGCAAUGCUGAAAAAGUGUUCAGAGACUUCUUUGGAGGCAGUAAUCCAUAUCAAGAAUUUUAUGACCGGGUAGAUGGUGAUCUUAGCAUGGGUUUUGGAGGCCUACAGGGCAGAGGCCGCAAGAAGCAAGAUCCUCCCAUUGAGAGGGACUUAUUUUUGUCACUAGAAGAAGUUUUCCAUGGUUGCACCAAAAAAAUGAAGAUUUCAAGACGGGUUAUGAAUGAAGAUGGCCACACUUCAAGCAUUAGGGACAAAAUUCUAACAAUCACAGUGAAAAAUGGUUGGAAACCUGGAACAAAAAUCACUUUCCCUGAGGAAGGUGACCAGGGGCCAAACAAUGUACCAGCUGACAUUGUAUUCAUUGUAAAGGACAAACCUCACCCUCGGUUCCGACGCAAUGGUGUGAACCUUGUCCACACGGCCAAGGUGCCCCUUGGUAAGGCUCUCACAGGGUGUGAUGUGGAAAUUAACACUCUGGAUGAGCGGGUACUACACAUCCCCAUCAACGACAUCAUCAAGCCUGGAUACACAAAGAGAGUCCCAGGAGAAGGAAUGCCAAUUUCACAAAGCCCAUCACAGAAGGGAGACCUAGUGAUAGAAUUUGACAUUGAAUUCCCCACAUCCCUAACACCAGACAGGAAAGACAUGAUAAAGAGGUCACUCUUACAGUAGAACAACAUAAAAUGCAACAAUACCAACAGACAAACAGUUUUAAGAAGAAACCAUUAUGAAUUCCAAAAAAGUGCAUCAGUUUGUUGUUUGAAUAUCUAUGAAGUGGAAACAUCUACUUAUAUGUGCUGAUCUUCAAACUGUGAUAGGUGUAUUUUUUGAAAUACAUCAGAUUUGUUCAGCUUUUAAAACUACUGGUACAUCAUGUAAAAUAUUUGUUAAGUUUAAAAGACACAUGGUAUACAUUUACUGUUUUUACAGCAUUUGACUGCAGUGCAUACCAAUGUAAACUUGACCAGGUCCAUUUGUCUUUUUAAAAUUAUUUUGAAAGAUAUUUUUGAUUUAGUAUAGAUAUUAACAAAUGGACAGGUGGCCACUUACUUAUGUGUUAAUGACACUUUAUACUACAUGUACUUCAUUUUCUGUUUAUUUGUAAAUGUUAAAUAGGAGCAGAUUACAAUCCCGACACAUAUCUGAAAUCAGGUUUUCAGUUAAGUUGUACAUAUGUUUAAUGAACCUUUUAUAUGAAAAUAAAUAUUAUACAAGUA